UUAGUAUUAAGAUUAAACAAUUAAUAGGCACUCCAAUCAAUUUAUAGUUGAUUGCUGCUAUUACUAAUAUUUCCAAGUAUUUGUAAUUUAUUUUAUCCAGCAUGCUUAACAAUAUUAUCAAUUUUGCCAAUUACUGGUGGUUUCGAUACCUAAUGGUGACUGAGCUGUAUGUAGUCGAAAAAUGGGAACGUGUAACGAUACACGUCAUCUUUAUGGUCCUAUUUUGUGUGUUCUGGUACUUCAACUACUCCGUAUUGCUUUCGGUAACCGGCAAUAUCUUUGGAUUUGGAUACACGCCCAUUGCAGACAUUUUACCAGCGGUGUCUCAUGGAGCAGGCGUCAAGGUCACAUAAUUAAUCAUGUCGUCGUCGUCAACUGAAUAUUUUUUCAAUUUCUGCAAUUAUUAUUAACUAGCUUUCCCAUAAUUCUGCCUCAGGUUACGCUGAAUGCAGCAUAAAUUUAGAAACUCAUGGAAUUCGUUAUUAUCUCUCGCAUAAGCUUAAAGAUCUGUAAAUGUGUUCCAGCUCUGUUUUGACAUAUUUCCUUAUAUAGGAUAUAGAUUAUAUAUAUUCUAAUAUGCUAUUUAAUAUCAUUUCUGUAGCUCUCAUUUCACAGCAUUUAAGUCAAAUGUAGAUUUAAGUUUUAGUUUUGGCCGUUCCAAUAAAUGUGUUGAACAAACUGA